AUGAUUCGUCAACCGCAUCGACCCUCUGGUCCGUAUUGGCAGGUGUCUGUAAUGGUGGUGGCGGCUACUGAUCUGGUCAAAGAGGCUCAGGCACGGCACGGCAUGGCCCCCACGGCUGUAGCAGCACUGGGGCGGCUGCUAAUGGGGACGCUGCUGCUGGGGGCAAUGAAGGGGCCAGACGAAUCCGUGCAAGUCACGGUGAACGGCCGGGGGCCCAUUGGGCAGAUCACGGCUGUUUCAGCGCUGCACGGGGAGGUGAAAGGGUUUGCCGUUAAUCCCCUGGCCGAUCCUCCUCUCAACUCCAAGGGCAAGAUGGACGUGGGGGGUGCAGUGGGCAAGGGAGUGCUUAGCGUCAUUCGAACCCAUCCCUCCUGGCAGUCGCCUUACACUGGCACUGUGCCUCUGGUGUCAGGGGAGAUCGCAGAGGAUUUGGCAAACUACCUGGCGGAGAGUGAGCAGAUCAACUCAGCUAUGGGGCUGGGAGUGGCAGUGGGCAAGGAUGGCAUUGUCAGGGCGGCAGGGGGGUUCCUUGUUCAGGUCCUUCCCUUCUGCUCGGACGAGACGCUAGACAAGCUAGAGGCCAACGUCCAAUCACUGGGCGCCAUGUCAGAUGCGGUGCAGCGCAUGGAUGCAGGGGCCAUUGCUCACCAUCUCUUGCAGGGGUUGGAUCCCGAACCUGUCAUAGAUCCGAUUGUGCCUACGUUUGGCCCAUGUGGUCUGGAAGACUUGAAGCCUCGCAUGCUUAGAGCUGUGGAGUCACUAGGAGCCGAGGACGUGAAGAAACUCAUUGAGGAAAGAGGUUUGGAACCAGCAACAAUGGCGAACCAAGAGGAGGUUUGGGAGAGGGAUCCCGUUUUCAAAAAGCUACGAGCAAAAGCCGAGAACAAGAUGUGCUUUGACUGCAAUGCGAAGAACCCUACAUGGGCAUCGGUCACUUACGGAGUCUUCAUAUGCCUCGACUGUUCAGCGAUGCAUCGUAGUCUUGGCGUGCACGUCAGCUUUGUCAGGUCGACAACUCUUGACGGUUGGAGCGUAGAGCAAUUGAAGAUCAUGGCCUUUGGAGGAAACGGCCGAGCGCGUGCGUUCUUCAAGCAGCACGGCUGGACGGACGGAGGCAAGAUCGAACAAAAAUACACCUCAAGAGCCGCCGAACUCUACCGGCAGCUUCUCGCGAAGGAAGUUGCGAAGAGCUUUGCUGGCGCACAGACAUCCCUCCCUUCGCCAACAUCGACUAGCCAAACAGCUCCGAAUGGCGGUGCUGCAGCGGCAGCGCCGGCUGCUGAGGAGGCCCCGGCUCCUGCCGCUGCUGCUCCUGCUCCCGCUGCUGCAGCGUCGCGAGUCUCUCCGGUUACAAGGAAGACGACGAGCGUAACUGCGAAAAAAACGACCACUAAGUCGUCCGGCCUCGGCGUUAAGAAGCUCACGACGAAGCCGAACGACAGCCUGUACGAGCAGAAGCCAGUGGAGGCACCGGUUAAGGUGGGCGUGGUGGAGCACAAGGCGUCGCGCUUCACGUACAACGAGGCGUCCUCCUCCUCGCAGCCAGGCGCCGGGUCCGGCAGAGGCGGCCACGUAGCGGCGCCCGCGGCAGCUGGAGACUUUUUCAACGACUUCUCGGGAGGGAUCAGGGCUGUUCCCAGUAACCGGCCCAAGCCCCCACCUCAGCCAAUCGAGGAGUCAGACAAGGCUCGCAGGAAGUUCGCAGGGGCGAAGGCGAUCUCGUCGCAGCAGUUCUUUGACCGGGAUAACAAGGAGCUGCAGGCGCAGAACCAAGAGCGGCUGCAGAAAUUCCAGAACUCGUCGGCUAUUUCGAGUGCAGCCUUCUUUGAUCGGGACGAGGGUGGCAACCAGGGUGGUGGGGACGGCUCUCUGGACAGCGUUGCUGCAGACCUACUGGGAGGGCUCUCCGUUGGGGCUGUGGCAGAGCAGACAGGGCAGGCACUGUCAUCAUUUGCCUCCAGCAUCCUUGCUGACUUGCAGGACCGAAUUCGAUAG